AUGCACCUCCGCAGUCGCCGCGUUGCUAACGAGCUGCCUGCGCCGGAUAGUCCAUCACCCAGCGGUACGCGUCGCUCGAGGCACCUCGCAAAGCCACGCAUCGUGGUCCAGGUCCGCAGCAAGAAACCCGAUGGCCAGACAAUCUCCCGUAAAAUGAGCCAGAAAGACUUGGUGACCAGCGAGAAGAGGCGCACCCCCAAACGCAAAGCUGCCCCCCCCCCUCAGAGCCAUGUGCUACCCGACAACCUUCUCGAGGAGGCCUUGAAGCCCCUCACGUCUGCUGACGUUGAGGGAUGGGAUGGAUGGAUUGAACUAGAAUCCGAACCAGCCUUUUUCAACAUGAUUCUGAAAGACCUCGGAGUCAAGGACGUCAAAGUGCAAGAGCUUUUCUCCCUUGACCAAGGUUCCUUGGAUAUUCUACCUAAACCUGUAUACGGCCUCAUUUUUCUCUUUCAGUACGCGCCGUUCCUCGAUGCAGAGGAAGCAGAGAAUGAGAGCGGGCCAGUGUGGUUUGCAAACCAGACAACCUCCAACGCAUGCGCUACUGUUGCGCUGCUCAACAUUGUCAUGAACCAUACUGGCAUCGAUCUUGGCAGCCAACUACAGGCAUUCAAGGAAGCCACCGCCGAACUGAGCACUGCAGUACGGGGAUAUGAACUGGGCAGGAACACGUUCAUCCGAAAGACGCACAACUCGUUUGCUCGUCGAAUGGAUUGCCUGAAUGCGGACCUGUUAUUAGAGAAUGAGGCGUCCGACGCCAAGUCACGCAAACGCGCCUCGGCGUCCCGCGGCACAUCCCGCAAGAAAAAGUCCAAGAAGCGUCAUAGUGCCGACUACGGCUACCACUUCAUUGCCUAUGUCCCGUCCGGAGGCUUUGUCUGGGAGCUGGACGGGUUGCGAGGGAAGCCUCGAAAGCUCGGAAGCUUUGAGGGUGACUGCUGGACAACAGUGGCUCGACCGCAAAUUGAGACGCGCAUGCUGCAGUACGAGGAGAGCCAGCUGUCAUUCAACCUGUUGUCCCUUUGCCAGAGCCCCAUCCAAGAGUACAGGAAAUCAGUGCUCAGCGCCUUGACGGCUGUGCAGGUCUUGGACGCCCAGAUGAAGACGCACCAUGGAGAUGUCUACACUACGCUCAUCUCCAAUAGCGAUAUGCAGCUCGACCCCAAUGACAUACCGCUACUAGCCGAGUACGACUUAAAGCCAGAGGACGUUCCUGCGGAACUGCCUCCAGGCCCCCUUGAGCCGAGAUUGCGGGAAGGUAAUCUCAGCGCCAACGACGCAGCAGGUCUCAGACGAGAGCUUGUUAUGGAAGUCCGUGCCGCCAUGGGCGAGUACCGCGGCGAGGCCAUGGUCGCCAUGGUCGACGAGGAGCGCGUGACGGCGCGAAAGAAGGACUACGGGAGCGUGCUGCAUAAAUGGAUUACGAAACUAGCAGAAAAGGGUGUCCUCGAAGACAUUAUUAACCUUUCAUCAUAG